UCUUCUCCGCGCCGCCCGGUGUGAGGCCGAGUCCGGCAAGCCGCGGCGCCCGGUGCCCGAGCCAUCGCGGACGCUGGAGGCUGGGCCCCGGGGUAGGGGAAGCGGCUGGCGGCGCGGGACUGCAAGCUGCCUUCAGGUUGACGAUGCCAGUAUGGACAGAAUAGCUUAUGAUGCUUAUCCCCACUCAUCACUUCCGAGACAUUGAGCGGAAACCGGAGUACCUCCAGCCAGAGAAGUGCGCCCCACCUCCCUUCCCUGGUCCUGCGGGAACCAUGUGGUUUAUUCGUGAUGGCUGUGGCAUCGCCUGUGCCAUUGUCACCUGGUUUCUGGUCCUCUAUGCGGAAUUUGUAGUCCUCUUUGUCAUGCUGAUUCCAUCCCGAGACUACGUGUACAGCAUCAUCAACGGAAUUGUGUUCAACCUGCUGGCCUUCUUGGCCCUGGCCUCACACUGCCGGGCCAUGCUGACGGACCCCGGGGCAGUGCCCAAAGGAAAUGCCACUAAAGAGUUCAUCGAGAGCCUUCAGCUGAAGCCGGGGCAGGUGGUGUACAAGUGCCCCAAGUGCUGCAGCAUCAAGCCUGACCGGGCCCACCACUGCAGUGUUUGUAAACGGUGCAUUCGAAAGAUGGACCACCACUGUCCUUGGGUCAACAACUGUGUGGGCGAGAACAACCAGAAGUACUUCGUCCUGUUUACAAUGUACAUAGCUCUCAUUUCCUUGCACGCCCUCAUCAUGGUGGGAUUCCACUUCCUGCAUUGCUUUGAAGAAGACUGGACAAAGUGCAGCUCUUUCUCGCCGCCCACCACGGUCAUCCUGCUCAUCCUGCUGUGCUUUGAGGCCCUGCUCUUCCUCAUCUUCACGUCAGUGAUGUUCGGGACCCAGGUGCACUCCAUCUGCACAGACGAGACGGGAAUAGAACAAUUGAAAAAGGAAGAGAGAAGAUGGGCUAAAAAAACAAAGUGGAUGAACAUGAAAGCUGUUUUUGGCCACCCUUUCUCUCUGGGCUGGGCCAGCCCCUUUGCCACUCCAGACCAAGGGAAGGCAGACCCGUACCAAUAUGUGGUCUGAAGGACCCUGACCAGCAUUGCCACUCACCACAUCAUGGCACCGUCCCAUCAGCUCUCGUGAAUGUUUAGGCCAAAAACAAAACAAAGUGACUACUCUUAAGACUUUUUUAUGUCUCCAGAAAAAUGGCUGAGCAUUGCAGAGAAAAAAAAGUUCCCAUGUUUUAUUUUUAAAAAAAAAAAUCAUUUUCAAUUCUCUGAUGAGUGAAGCUGCUCUCUUUCCUUUCUGGCCUCUGUUUCCUCUCUGCUGUCUGUCAGCAUGACUAACGUUCAGGGCGCCGCCCAGGCACUACCCCUUCCACUAAUUGAAAGCCCCUGACGCUGUACAUGGAUGAACUGGCCCAGUAGGAAAGCUAAGAGGGCCCUGACCUCCCGCCCACAAGGACUCAGAACCUCAUGGAAGAUGAUGCUAACCCUUUGAGGCCUAAGAAUGGCAAGAUGGGGGCUGGAGCCUUCAGAAGGGUCCUUGGUGCAGUGGCUUCUUGUCCAAGUGAACACAGUUUGCCCCAUCCUCAAAAUUAAUUGCCAGUCAUGGAUGUACAAAAUGAUUUGGGUGAGGUGGGAGAGGUAAGGGGGGGGGCUUUGAAUCCUGAGUCAGCAAUUAUGUCCCUCUGGCUUUUUGGAAAACUAUGAAGGAGAGAUGUUUUCCAGGUCAAAAAUGCCUUAUACAAUCACAAGAGGAAGAACACAAUUUCUUUCCCCCUGCGUUUUACAACUACUUCCUAUUCCAGUUCCCACCCAUUCCCAGCAAAGAUGUCAAUCAAGCUGUGUUCAUUCCUAGGGAAACAGGCAGGCCAGCUAUCAGGAUCAUCUCAUUUUUAAGGCUGUCACAAGCAUAUAUUUUCUGGAGUUUAAAGCCCUCCAAAUGUGCACAGACCUGUGUCUUAUGUUUAGCCUGGGAGGUGGUUUGUAGAUGUUAGACAGGCAGACUAGCUCUCCCAUUGGGAGGCAUUUCCUGUGCAGAGUCGCUGGGGAAGGACCAGGCCUGUAGGAGGUGCUGAGAGAAGACUAUUCUUGAACACUCCUCCCACUGAGACCCUGAGCACCGUGAAGUCCUCCUCACCAGUGGUUUUAAAGCAGUCACCACAAAUCUCCCUUUUUAGCUUUUGCUUGGGGUGGGGGUGGGGAUAAGGUUUUUCACUCUAGUCCUGGGUAGGAAGAAAGUUAAUGUAGCCCUGUGCUUUUUCACAAGUCAGUGGGACAUGCUGCCUCUUCCCAACUCUGUCAGUGCUUCCACACGGAAACAAUGCAAUAAACCUUUUCCAAACCUC